GAGAAGUUUUCCGUUGCCAAGGGUAACCAGAUCCUCAAAUAAUCAACUGCGCCACAUAAAAGCUAACUUCCUUCAUCUUGUAGGCCGGUUCCUACCGAUAGUAAUGGACCUGAAUCACUCUUCGUGUUGGGAUUCAAUUCUGGAGAAAGUGAAACCACACAUACCGACCAUCGACUUCGAUUCUUCAUCAUCCGAGAAUGAAGAGGUUCUUCUCACCAUAUAUCAAAGACCAGCUGGUCUUUCCCUGAAGGUCCCAGAAGACUUUGACAGUUUCUCACUGGAUGAUGAUGAACUAGAGGAGCUGUUGAAACCUGUAGCACACACUUGUUGGUCAGAAGAGUCUUGCAGCCAGAGUGCAAAGUUUGAUGAUGAUGAAAUUGUAGAAGGCAAGUCCGCAACUCAGUGGGGAACCCAUCACUCUGAUGCUGAGACAGAUGCUUGUGAGAGAGGUAUUGUGGAGUUGAACAGAGCCAAGCUAGACGCCUCUGUAAAACCAAAUGUGGACAACACAAAAUCUGAUGAAGUUUUUCCUGUUCUCUCAUUUGCGAGGCUUGACCAGUGGGAUUUGGAUGAUGUCCUCCAAAAUCUGAGAGAGGAUGGGCUGUCUCUGCAGCAACAUGUGUCAGUUGAACCUGCGAAAAUACAAGCAGAUGGUGACAAAUGCACGUCCCAGGGGAAUAUAAUGGAAAGACUAGUUGCUUUCUGUAACAGCCAGGCAUCUAAGUCUGCGCCAGAGCCUGUGAAAAGUCCAAACCACAUCAGACAGAAAAAUGAGUGGAACAAGUCAUUGGAAAGGAUGGCAGCAGAGUUGCAGCUGAGCCACCAGGAUUUUCCCACUGUUUAUAUUGACCUGCGUUGCCCUGAUCCUUCAUUGAAACCGCCAAGAACAUACCCAAGUCUUUCAUCAGAGUCCAAGUCACCGGCUAAACACAACACUCACUGGGAAACAAAGAAACCCAAUCUUAAAGUGCACGUUGGAUCAUGGAUGGGGGACAGGGAAGUGACUGGCAAGAGUAUGUUGCUUCAGAAAAUAAGGGAAAUUAAUAGAAAUGGGACUAAAUGUCCCGAUAAAUAUACAGAUCCUCCUAACUCAGUGCUAGGGAAUGAAGAAGAAGAACUGAAAGAGAAGCUACCCCAGCCUGUAGUGUCUACAUGUAGCCAUGAGUCACACCAUCUGUGGGAGGAUAAACAGACUUCACAUGUACAGUUUGAGGACAGAAACCCUAAAAUGGAAAGCCCACCAAUAGCUCAGCAAUGUACACUCAAAACACCAAAGCAGCAGAGUGACAAACAUAGGCAACAUAAACAACACCAUCAGAUUCUUAAGCAGCUGGGAAUACAUCGUCCAACCAAAUCUGUCAAUCGGAAGCAGCCAGCUGCUGAAGGAACUGAUGUUCUUUAUGAUUUUGAAGCAUCUCAUCAACAGUCAAUCACUACAUUACCAGCAGAUAUUGAAAGUAAGGGGUGUAUGUUACUGAUCGUGGACCUCUCCGGUCCUGGCAUGGUUGGAGACAGAGUUCAUGGGAGGGGAAAACAUCUGCAUCCAGCUGGAGCUAAAUCCCAUAUCUACAACACUUUAGUGGCUUGGUUUCUGUCUUUGGCUGGCCCAGACCCACGUCAUGAUGAAGAUGAGGUCAGUGCAAUGGUCCCAUUCUGGGUUGCAGGGCUUCAGCAGAAGUGGACAGAGGAAGGACUGGCUUUGCAUGUUUUAGCUGUGGCUCGUCACUGUUACACACCAAGGAAAAGGGACAUAGACAUCCAUACUCCUUUCUAUAACCAUGUCCGCAGGUUCCUCUCUGAGACCUCACUCACUCUAAUUGCCCACUGGCUACCUCAUCUGAAUAACUUGCUGGACCAACAAGCCUAUGCCUCACCCAUCCUGCCCUCUUCCUGUUUAAAUUCUUUCAUCUCUGCUACCUCCAACAAAAAGGUUAUAGAUAGGACAUUUAGUCUCAGUCCAGGGUUUUUCUGGCAGACUGUGGAAACUCAGGAGCGUGUUUGUAAGGGGAGAGAGACCACACAAGAGCUACACACAGAGGUAGCGGUUGCUCUGUGGCGCAAAGCUUUCUUUGUACAUCCUUUCAAAACACACUACACCCUCCAGCUUGUUCUUGACUCAGGACUCGAUAUAUGUGGUCUGCGGCUCCUUUAUCCACCACAGGGGUUCCUGAGUGACAUUGCUGGUGUUGUAUCAGUUAUCCAGAGAACCGAUGAGACCUGCCAGCCCGUUCUUGCCCUAGCUGUUCGAGGCCCUCAUGCCCACUCAGUGUUGAAAGAUAUAACUAGUUCCUUAAGUCCUCUGCUGCCCAGAAAGAAAGCUCUCAGCCCUCUCCACUGCAGAAGUCAAGAACCUCGACUUAUCUACUCCCCUCGACUGUCCAGUCAAGUCCACAGGGAGCUGUGCUUGUGGUUUUCAGGAAGACUUAAAGGAGGAAGUGCACAGAUUCACAACCGGCCUCUGAAUAGAGUUGUGCCUCUGGAUGACAGUGUGGGAGGCAGCCUAUUCAGUUUAGGCGGAUCACCUUCCUUUCUGUGCGCUACAACAAAAGCUGACAUACUCCUUGUGGUGUCGCCUGGCGUGCCUCCAUGUUGCUACGGCCAAGUGCUGUCUGUCUGUGAACGCAGAGGCUUCAGUCUGAGGGGGCUGCAGAGGCUGCAGCUUCAGAGCAACGGAGCUGCAGUCCUUGGACUCACCAACCAGCAGGCACUUGUGUUCUGCAGUCCACAUACUGUGACACUGGAUCAGAAGGAGCUGGAGUUACCCUCUCACUGUCUGGUGUUGUUACUGAGGAAAGAAAAUGCGAUGCGCCACAGUGUUAGCCUUCCAGCAGCCCUAAUGAGAGAAUUUAAGGCAGAAAAGCUUCUGGGUUGCAUCCACACCAGACUUGAUGGUGUUCACACAGCAGAGCCAAGCUUCUGUUUCCACACUGUGCCUUACAGCAGUUACCUGUCCCAUAUGUUUGUUAGGUGUAUGUGGGCAGUGCCAGAUCCUUCCAGUGCGAUCCUGUUGCAUCAGAAGCAUUCACCCAGCUCUGACAUGGAGCAGGUGGUGAUUUUGACCUUGUGUGGGAAGGACAUGAGCCAAGGCCUGAGCCUCCUACACAGAGUGCUGACAGAAGGGCCAGGAGGUAAUGAACAACAUGGAGGAUUCGAGCUGCUUGGCCUGAAGUAUCUGCCUGCGUUGACUCAAUUUCAGGCUCAGGAACUGAGCCCAUAUGAGGUGGGAGAGCAGCAGUGUCACGACAGCCUGGAUCAACUGAUGUCCUCUCCAGCCUUAGUGUGUUCUCUUAGAUGCUUGAAUGCUCUUGCUUCACUGAGGAAGCUCCUACCACACGAUUACCCCGCUAACUUCGGUGUCCUGAUGUCACCCACACCUGAAGUGGCUUUCAGACAAGCCUCCCUCUUCUUCUUUGAGCACGAGAUGAUUUGUGACUACAGCAUACACCCACCUCUGAAGUGUCUUCCCGACAACAGCAGUGCAGAAGAUCCACAGAUGCUGCUCACAGUGUGCCUGUUCAAGCCAAGAACCUGGAAUCACUCUCUGGCUAAAAUAGUCCGCAAACUCCUGCUGAGUGACCUCACGUUGGUGGGCCUCCGUGUAGUGACCCUGGACAAAAGCAUCGCUACCUCACUACUGCCUGCCGAAGGUGACCCCUCAGACUUGGAGGCCCAUGUGGAAUACUUGUGCUCUGGCUCAUCACUGGCUCUCUGCCUGGAGGGGGAGAAUGCUGUGAGGAUGCUGCUGGAUGUCCUGGGCCAAGAGGACUCAUCCCUCAGGACGACCUGUUAUGGCAUGGCUCAUUCAUACAAUGGCAUCUAUGGAUCUGGAUCAUAUCAGAAAGCAAUUCAGGAUGUGAAGAGGCUUUUUCCAGAGGGGCUCUGCUGUACUGAAACCAGCACAAAGAGACAGGAACAGGUUCAGAUACUCAGCAUGUGCUCAGACCCCUUAGCCUCUGUGGAGCGUGCACAGAGGUGUACACUGGCCCCUGUGGAUCAGGAUAGUCUGUCACCCUCGAUGGCAUCAGGCCCAAAUGGAGGGUCCCUGAUACACAGUGCUCUCUGGCAGACAACCUGUCUGCUGAUACCCUUAAAUGCUCCACAAAUGCUCAGCCAGGUGCCAUCCCAGCUGGACAUGCUGGAGCCGCUGCUGAGGUCAGGCUGCCACCUAGUGGCAGGGAGGAUGAGCAUACUGGAUAAUGAGCAGAGGAACCAUAUCGCUGACACGCUGAAAAUAUCACAGAGAAAUGAGAGAAUGGCUCAUCUUUACAUGGCACCCUGUGUCUGUCUCAUCAUGGCUCUGCAAGGAGAGGCAAUUGUGGCCAGUUUUAACUUGAUCCUUGAAAGCAUUUACAAGGAGAACUCAGCCCUAGAAAAAGUGGGGAAAAGGAUUAUCCACCCCGACAGUGAGGAAGAGGCAAAGCAGCUGAUAUGCUACCUUUUUGAUGCCUUGUCUCCCGAGAGCUGUCACACUAUUGUGCCAUAAAGUUCCAAUAUGUGCAUGCUUCAGUUGGAAUUUUCGUGUCUGCUCUGAAAAAUGUCUUCUAAUUCCCAUUGUUCAGGAAAUAUCUGUUCUAGAUAGAAAGUCACUGCAAUGUAAUAAAUAUUUUCACUUCA